AUGACAGCAGCUAAUGGAAAGGUAACACCUCCUAUUGCCAUGAUUGUGGCAGCCCUUUUACCAGAGUUAGGAAUCGGAAUAAAAGGAAAAAUGCCGUGGAGAUUGAGACAAGAGAUAAAGUACUUUAAGAAUGUUACAACUACAACUAAAGACCCUAACGGUAUAAAUGCGGUUAUAAUGGGCCGUAAGACAUGGGAGUCUAUACCUACGAAAUUUAGACCUCUACCAGGACGGUUGAAUAUAGUUUUGUCCAGAUCAUACGUCAGUCAUGGGUCAAAUGAUGAGGACAUUAUAUUGACAAAUUCUAUUGAAAAUGCAUUGGCUAAGGUUGAGGAAUAUAGCAAACCGGUAGAGAAAAUAUUUGUCAUAGGUGGAUCAGAGUUAUAUAAUAAGCUCAUCUCACACGAAAAAGUACAACAUUUACUCAUCACAGAAAUUAAAAGCACCAGACCGGUGGAAGUGGAUACAUGGUUGAAAUUUCCGAUAUACACAGAAUCGAGUGAUUGGACUAAGCAAACAAAUGACGAUUUGCUGAAAUUCACUGGAAUAGAUAAUGAGGACGUGGAAAUCACAGAAGGCGAUUUUACUUACAAGUAUACAUACUGGAAGAAAAAAGUGUAA